AUAAAGGGCCUAGUUAGUUAUAAAUCUAGCUGAAUUUGAGAAAUAAUUUAAUUAAUUAAUUAAUUCUCAUGAGAAAAUAGGUAGAGCUAUGGUAUAGCAAUCAUUUGAGAUCAUCAUAUUCAUCUCAUUAUCAUCAUCAUCACCAUGUCUCCAGUUUCAUGGUUGAAGAAGAAGCUUAUUAGGCGUAAACUAAGAAAAUCUAGAAUCAAUAAUAACACUCUUCUCAACCAAUCUCAUUAUGUUGACACAUUGUCCCUCCCUCUGGUUGAUGAUAGUGAUGAUCAAGAACUCGAUCGUAUAGCGGUGUCAGAUCUACGACGUGCUUAUUGGAAAAACUCUGAGGAUAUCAUUUCAGACGAUCACGAAUUGGAGUCCAUAGUGGUACAUUUAAUGGAGAAGAAGGUGACAGUAACUCGUAAAUCAUCAUCAUCAGGCCUCAAAAGAAAAGGGUCUUCAAGACUAAUUAGAAGAUCAUCAUCAGCAGUGCCUGCCUUAUGCAGAAAACUAUCUCAUAGAGCUUCUAGGGUUUCAUGGUUGUCUUCCCUCACUUGUAUGGGCAUUUACAAGGGACCAAUAUUAUCACAAGCUAAAUAUGCAUACUAAUUAAAUUAGUAACCACUAUUAUAUAUAAUAUAUGUGUGUGUGAAUGAAUUAUAUUUAUGCUUAUUUUAAUUAAUUGAUUAGUAAAAAAUAUGUCUUGUAAUAUAUAUAUGUAUGUAAAAGUAUCAUGGAAUGGUCAUAUGUGAUCAUCUUAAAUAAUCUAUCAAUGUUUAUUGUUUACAAUA